AAGGAAGUUUCGUAAUCCCCUAGAGCGAGGUGGAAUUUUUUUUUUUAAGCUGUAGCGAUUCUUCGGUCGCCCUCCUCGCGGGAACACUUCUUACCUUUCGACGAAGUUGUAGUUUACGCGCUCAGCACGUAGAAACUACAAUGGCGGACACGACGCUAGUGACCCCUGCUCCAACCGUCGUCGCCAUCGUUGGUGCCUCCGGCGGUGUCGGCUGCAAGGUGGUGGAGUGUGCGCUCGCGCAGGGCUUUGUUGUGAAGGUGCUGGUGCGCAACGCCGAGAAACUGGCGAAGAAGAUCGGGCAGGAGAACGUCGACAAGCUCGACAAAAUCGUCCUGGGCAGUGUGGACGACGAGGCCGCGCUCAAGCAGCUGCUCGAAAACGCGUCCGUGGUGGUCUCCUGCCUCGGCAUAUCAAAUGUAAAAAUGUCUGGGUCUGGAAGGUUGCAACUUGUGAUGCUGUCUUUGAAAGGUAAAAAAAUCUGUAUUGCAUGACCAGCAAGAGGAGUUCAGUUUGUGCUACGCGGAGUGCGCGUUUCUCAUGCGGAAUACGCAUCAGAAGGCCCUUUAAAAGUCUGUGAUGCUCGGCCAGGCAUUACAGGCAUCAUGGGUUAUGCAAAAUUUGCAUGACAAACCUGGCAAUCUUCCAGACCCAGACAUUUUUACAUUUGAUACGGCACCCCCCCGAAAGAAAAGCCGAUCGUGGCGGCCGGUACGGCGAAGAUCCUGAAGCAGAUGGAAGAAUGUAGCGUGAAAGACCUGGUGAUGAUUUCGUCUAUUUGCGUCGGAGAUUCGCUGCCGCAGGGGAAGAAGGUCGCGUGCUGCUUCGCGAACUGCAUCCGACCACUGAUUCUGUCCAAGGUGUUCGCAGACCUCGAAAUCGCGGAGAAAAUGUGCUUCGAACAGCAGGGAAAACUCUCCAUCGUCAUCGUGCGGCCGCCGCACUUGACGGACAAACCGGGCACCGGGGGUUACCAGUGGACGGACGCGGCAGAUUUUAACCCGGGGGCGCCGGCGGCGAUUUCGCGGAGCGACGUGGCGCUGGCGAUGGUGGAUCUGUGCAGGGGGGAUAGCAAGUUUAAGGAGCUCGCGGGCACGGCGCCGAGCCUGUUUCCGGCGAAGAAGAUGAAGGCGUGAGAUUUUUUAAUAGCAGGAGUUCUAGCUACUAUCUUCUUCAUUUUUUCAUCAAUUUUUGGCAUCAAUUUUUCAAUUUUUAGCACUAAUAAGUUGUCGAUUCGAAUACUUAACCGCUAGAUUGCUGAGCAGGAGUUCAAGAUUUUGUAGCGGGUUUACGCGAUUGAGAUACUUAGUUGGAACGAAAAUUUGCUGCAUCUCAUGCAAGAUGUUGUUUCGGGUUCAAGUUCAUGGAUACUUAAAACGGAAU